CACAGGAUACAUCAGUAUUACGGAAUGUAUUGAGUACCAAAGUGCUAUAAUAAACAAUGAAAUAUUUUCCCCCGAGGUGUAAAUAAUCCAUCGAAAUAACUCCAGUGUUACCAUGAGAUGUCUCCGAAGAGGGGAAUCCUUCAUCAGAACUUGCAGACUGCGACGAUUACCGUAAUUACCCUGAGUACUUUACUUUUCAAUUGCUCAGGAGCGAGUACUUCAGUCGACGCGCCGCGCGAUUUGCGAGUCCUCGUCUUCGAGGAUUCCGUUGACGAUGAAAAUUACACUCUUUUGAAGUUUAAUAUUACCUGGCUGCCCCCGGAAGCACCUCUAUCACUUAAAUACUACAGUGUUUUAAUCAGUCCAGUUGAAAAUCCUGAGAAGACAACGGGGGACUUAUCCGAGGAUCUCGCUGAUUGUCCACUUGAAGAGAACAUCUUCCACACAACAAGGAACGCAGAACAAACUAGCAUUGUUCUGCCGGAGAACAAUUAUCUGUCUGACAUUCCGGAAUUGACAAUCAGACCCACGUGCACGUACGAGAUACAAAUAAUCGGACAGCCCAGGGCUGGAGCGUCGAAUACUGCAAAGAUCAACAUCACAGUCCCGAGCUGUGUAGGAAGUUCAUGCAAUUGUCAGGAUGCUCACGAGCAUCUGCCGGUUCCUGAGGUACACUGGCAAGUCCUGGAGUCCGGGGAUAUUGAAAUAAACUGGGAAAUACCCACGAAUCACUCCCUCGUGAGGUCAUAUAUCCUGAGUUACGCAGCCCCACUGUUGAUAUCGAAAAACCAUCUACCGGUCUACAACAUAUCGAAACUAGCUCAACUGCCCGUCAACAUGUCCCACUACGUCAUGAAUAUUGAUCUAAUUACUUCAAUUUCAUCAUCACCGGGGCGGAAGAUAUUAUUAGCAACUGAGGACGCGUACGGAUGCCUCGGAAAACAUUUCGAUUUUUCUCUGGAUCAUUACCCAAGGGUCGAGGCAUUUACCAAACAAAAGCGAAAUUGGCCGCUCUACAUUUCAAUGGCAGUGGCCAGUCUAGUGCUCCUGGUAGUCCUGAGUUUCGUCUGGAACUGGAGAUGCCAGAAGUACAGGAUAAUACUCCCCAGUUCAGCAUCUGCGAUUCCUUCUCUGACGGGUAUUUCCGAUCGAGUUCAAUGGGUAAAUUCGAUCUUGAAGAAGCACAACAGCUUGUACAUCUACCGUGAUAACGAGAUUGGAGAGGUGGAGGACUUAUUCGAGAUAUCCUACGAUCGAUUAAAAAUAUCGGAGGAACUGGGGAAAGGAGAGUUCGGGACUGUUCAUCUCGGCUAUCUCGAUGAUGAUUUUCCAGUUGCAGUUAAAUUAUCAAAUCCAUCAGCUAAAUUCGAUGAGCUCGAGGCACGUCGACAGCUGCUCGAUGAAAUCAAAACGAUGAAACGCGUUGGAUCGCAUUCACAUCUUGUCAAAUUCAUCGGAUGCUGCACACUUUCAGAGAAUCCAAUUUGCGUCGUUUUGGAAUAUGUCGAGGGCGGGGAUCUGCUGUGCUAUCUCCAUCAAUUGAGGGAGAGACUCAUGGAAAAAGGAGAAUUGAAUGGAGAGGAGCUCAGCCGCACAUACGCAAAUAUCGAGGACAAUGAGUUGUUCUCAAUGUCUCAUGGCAUUGACAACAGCCGAUUUACCUCGUUUGCAUUGGACAUAGCGAGGGGUAUGGAGCACCUUGAAAAAAAUGCAAUUGUCCAUCGAGACUUGGCAGCCAGGAAUAUCCUCCUGACGUCCAGCAAAUCCUUGAAGAUCGCGGACUUUGGACUCUCCCGCGAGGGCGUGUACGUGAUCCAGGAGAAGGGGUUGAAAGGCCGUCGACUUCCGGCCCGUUGGAUGGCCCCGGAAACCCUGAGCUCUCGGUCCUUCUCGAACAAGAGUGAUGUCUGGUCCUACGGUGUAGUUCUCUGGGAGAUCAGCACUCUGGGAGCCUUCCCCUACGCUGAGAUCCAGGACGACGAGAUCAUCCACCACGUCGUGGAGACCGGCGCCCGUUUGCCUCUCCAGGAUGGCAUAAAUCCGGUACUCCAGGAGGUAAUGCAGCUCUGCUGGUGCACAAUUCCGAGGGAUCGUCCUAAUUUCGCGGAUAUCGUGGACCGACUCGCCACACCCUCUCAUUUUAUCACCAACAUCAACCCCUGCUACUCCCUCCUACCCCCGUCCUACACCCACCUCUCGACUUAUGAAUGAAGCCAUCAUGAGAAAAAUUCAAUACUAUUGACUCAAAAAUUGAAUCAUUAAAUAUUUAUGGAUUAACGUUGAAUGGUAAGUGGAGAAUGAUUACAGGAUUUAGUUCUGGAUUAAAUAGUGGAUAUGGAAAUGUUUAGGAUUCAAUUAAAAAUUAAAUAUUAAAUAUCGAAAUUAUUUGAAUUCAAUUAAAGACUAACUAUUGAAUAUUGAAA